AAAGAAAAGAACUAACGUGUCAUGUCAUAUCAGUUGAGAUCAACAUUGUUUCUACCUUUUAGUGUCAUGAUGACUCGAUGAAAAAGUCAAAAAUUGCUAAAAAAAAUAAACAAUGUCUAAAAUGAAAGAAUUAACCAAAUUCUUGGGUUUUUUUAUUAAAAAAAUAAUACAUUUUUUAUAAUUUUUUCAAAAUAAUAAAGACUUUACUGAAAAAAGAAAAACAAUAUAAAUUUUUAGAACUAUACUUAUUUAUUGAAUAAACUAAUGUUAUUUUGAUAAAUGAAAAUUUAAAAAACACUUUAAGGUCAAAACUCCAUAUAUGGGAUUAAUUUUUCAUCAUUGACUUCUUUACGAAAAAAGAAAAAUAUUAUUAAUUACUUGGCAUUUAUGGCCAAAUCCGGAUAUUUACUUCUUAAAUUUUAUUCAAGUCCCGAUAUUUAAUUCUCAAUUUCCACUAUAUCAUAAAUUCGGAAUAAACCCAACGAACAAACAUAUAAAAUCCAUAGAAAGCUCGUAGUAUUUGUAUUUGUUAAGUUGUAGUUUUCUAAAACCAAUACAUUCAUUCUCUUGAUUUUCAUUUGAAGCAUUGUGAAGGAUAGUUUUAAAACUAGGUUUUGUUUGGAUCACAAGACCAAAAACGAAGGAAACGCGCACAAAUUUGUGUGCCAUAAUUCAUAUAAACACAAACAAUAAUGGAGUCUAGUUAUUUUCGUGAUAUGACUCCAAUCCUUGCCGUUUUUCUUUUGUUUUUCUUGUUAUUUACUCCGGUUUUUCCAACGACAAAUUUAAAAGAUUUUAGACACAUAAACACAACCUUCCAACCAAAUAAGCAGUUGAGUAAAGCUACUAUGAAGACAAUUAAGAGCCCAGAUGGUGAUAUAAUAGAUUGUGUUUUGAUCCAUUUUCAACCGGCGUUUAAUAAUCCUAUGCUGAAAGUAACAAAGCCAUUGGAUCCACCAGAGAUACCAAAUGGGAAUAAGAAAGGGGGAAUGGAAAAAAAAGUUAAGCAGCUAUGGAGUUCAAAAGGUAAAUCAUGCCCACAUGGAACAAUUCCGAUAAGAAGGCAAACAGAAAGUGAGAUCUUGGCAUCCGAUUCCAUUUCCACAUUUAAGAAGACACUUAGCAGGAAGGACUUCAAUUAUUCUAAUGAUGGCCAUCAGCAUGCAGUUGCGUAUGUAACCGAUGGAGAAUUUUAUGGAGCAAAGGCAUCUUUAAAUGUAUGGGCUCCAAAUGUUACAAGGCCUUUUGAUUUUAGCCUUUCACAAAUUUGGGUUAUUGCAGAUGUUCCAACUCAUGGGUUGAGCACUUUGGAAGCUGGAUGGCAGGUUGCUCCAGCCAUGUACGGAAAUAAAUUGCCAAGAUUUUUUCUUUAUUGGACUAAUGACGGGUAUCGAUCUGGAUGCUACAAUUUGUUGUGUUCGGGGUUUGUACAAACGACUCAUGAGAUUUGUCUUGGAGCUACUUUUGAUGCAUUAUCAACGUAUAAUGGUACGCAGUACGAUUUCGACGUAUUAAUCUGGAAGGAUCCAAGACAUGGGAACUGGUGGUUGAGGGUGGGAACGAUUAUAGUUGGAUAUUGGCCUGUAGCUUUAUUCCCUGACUUUAGUAAACAUGCAACUGCGAUUGAAUAUGGUGGAGAGGUGUUUAAUGCUCAAAGCCCAGGUCAACAACCCACAUCAACCAUAAUGGGGAGUGGCCACUUUGCAACUGAAGGGUUUGGAAAAGCUUCAUUUGUUAGGAACAUGGAAAUUGUUGAUGAACACAAUGUGUUACAAUCAGUUGGAGAUGUGAAUUUGUUAACAGAAAAACCAAAUUGUUAUGAUAUUAAAAAUGGGUUUAAUAGUUUUUGGGGUUAUUAUAUAUUUUUUGGAGGGCCUGGAAAUAAUCCACAUUGUACCUAAGAGAAAAUGUUAGGUAAUAUGUUGGUUCAUUUGUUGAAUUUUCAUAUGAAAAUAU